AUGUAAAAUGCUAAGUCAGUCGUCCAACAACAGCCGUUGACGCCAAAUAAAUCUCUAAGAAGACCCCUGCCUGCUUCAACAUCCUUCUUUCUCUCUCUUUAUUUUCUCUGCAAAAUGGAGUCAACUACAACUGAAAUUCUCCAUGAUUUCCUUCAUCUCAUGCGAGUUUACAAAGAUGGUCGAAUCGAAAGAUUGGAGGGCAACGACGUCGUCCCUGCAUCAGUGGAUCCCAUCACCGGAGUUCAAUCAAAAGAUGUCGAGAUUGCGCCGGAAAUUGGUGUCGGCGCUAGGCUUUACCUGCCGGCCAACGCCGACCAACAACACAAACUUCCUGUCCUAGUUUACUUUCAUGGUGGUGGCUUUAUGGUCCAGAACCCUUUCUCCCAGACAUACGCUACUCAUCUGAAUGCCCUUGUUUCACAAGCAAACAUUGUGGUAGUUUCGGUCGAUUAUAGGUUAGCCCCGGAGCACCCUCUCCCAGUUGGUUAUGAAGAUUCAUGGGUUGCGAUCAAGUGGGUUGUUUCCCAUUUCAAAGGAGACGGCCAGGAGCCAUGGCUGAAGGACCAUGUUGAUUUUCAACGUGUAUUUUUUGGUGGAGAUAGUGCAGGUGGAAACAUAGCACAUAACAUGGCCAUCCGGGUCGGGUCAGAAAAACUUGACGGUAUCAAUAUUCUUGGAUUGAUUUUAAACCAUCCAUUCUUUUGGGGCGAAGAACCAAUUGGUAAUGAAGAUGCUGAGACAAAUUAUCCCGACAAAGCAUUCGUGGAUCGCUUGUGGCGGUUUGUGAACCCAUUGACAGUUGGGUCAGAUGACCCGAUGUUGAACCCGGCUAAAAAUCCGGAUCUUCCAAGCCUAGGAUGUAGUAAGGUGCUGAUUUGUGUUGCUGAGGAAGAUCUGUUGAGAGAUAGGGGUUGGUAUUAUUAUGAGGUAUUGGACAAAAGUGGGUGGAAAGGAAAGGUUGAGAUUAUGGAGACCAAGGGAGAGAACCAUGUUUUUCAUUUGUAUAAUCCCACUAGUGAAAGUGCAGUGGCUAUGGUCAAAAAAGUGGCCACUUUUUUUAAUCAGCACAAAGACUAGUCUUUGGAUUUGUAAAAUAAGAAAUGUUUUCCGGUAUCUGAGUUCA